AUGUCGGGGUUCGAUGGAGAGACGUUCACCAAAUCGACAAGUGUCAAAUACGAUAUCAUCAAUUACAGUUGCAGGGAUAAUCAUACCGGAGACGAUAACAUUGAUCAGAGGAAGCAUAGCCAAUCAUGGAGCACGUGGGAGGAGCUGUUGCUGGCAUGCGCCGUGAAGCGGCACGGCUUCCAUGACUGGGACUCCGUCGCCAUGGAAGUCCAGUCCCGGAGCUCUCUCCCCCGUUUUCUCACCACCGCCCAGAAUUGCAAGCACAAGUACCGAGAUCUCAAGCGCCGGUUCGAGGACGACGGGGUAGGGGACAACGAGACGGAGGACGGAGAUGACAAAGCCGAUAACAUCCCCUGGCUCAAUCAGCUCCGGGGCCUUCGCGUGGCGGAGCUACGGCGAGAUCUUCAGCGAUAUGAUGUCUCGAUACUGUCACUUGAGUCGAAAGUUAAGAAAUUAGAGGAGGAGAGAGACAGGAGCGUCGGAUGCCAGAAACCAGAUCUGGACGACGACUCGAAGGGGGAGAGAUCAGAGAACGAUGUAACUGAACCGGCUAGACCGAACACGGUUAUGGCGGAGGAGAAGGAGUCUGACCGGGAGAACGGGUCCAUCAACGAGUCCAACUCGACAGCUUCCGGCGGGAAACUCGCCGGAGACGGAGACGAAACGAGUCGUGCACGCGAAGACUCGGGGAAUCCGGAU